AUGCCGUCCCCCUCCGAGCCUCCACGCCCGUCCUGGGUCAUCCUCGGCGCCAUCCCGCGCGUCUCCGCCGCCGCCGCCGCCGACAACCCCUCCAUCGACCUCGCCGCGCCCCCGCGCGUCUCCCUCCUCACCAUCCCCGAGCACAUCUUCAUGGACAAGGGCCGCGCCAAGGGACCCACCAGUCCUUCUGCUGGCUCGCCAACGUCGCCGGCUACUUCGUCCUCCACGCCGACGCCGACUCCGCGCCAGCUCAAGCGGCGGCGCACCAGCAGCGUCAUCAGGCACCCCCGCAUCCUCUCCGCCGACCUCUUCCUCACCGUCACGCCGACGCCGCACCCGACGGCGUCCAGCAGCAGCGCCGCAACGGACGUCUGCUGCUUCGUCCUCGACGCCGCCUCUUGCACGUCCCACCGCGUCCCCGACCCCGACCCCGCCCCCGGCUUCGCUCGGUUCGGCGUCAUCGCCGCGCCGGACGGCGCCAGCUUCAUGGUCGUCGGCCUCCGGUGCCCGAUCGGCAACGACAGGGCCUCGCUGCACUGCUUCUUGUCCCGGACUGGCGGCUGGGUCACCAAGGACGUCAACAACCCGCGCCCGCACCGCGCCUGGACCUUGAGCGACGUCAUCGCCCACGACGGCAAGCUCUGGUGGGUCGACACCAGCAGCAGCACCACCAAGGGGCUCCUCUACUGCGACCCCUUCGCCGACCAGCCGAGCAUGUCCUUCGUCCCCUUCCCGAACCACGUCACCGCCGUCGAAGCCAGAGCCAAAGCCACAGCCUACGACUACGUGCAGGUCGCCGACGGCACGCUCCGCUGGGUCCUUGUGUUAUGCGAUCUUGACGAGACGGCGGACGACGACGGCUACCGGUUGGAGUUGGAGGUGCUCCCGCACUGGCGCGGUGAUUUCUCCUUGUGCUUCAUCUGGGAGUCCGACAGCUUCAAGACGACUGAGAUGCCCAAGGACGAGCAACCCGUGGUCGCGCUCAUCGACCCCAACGACACCGACCUCCUCUACUUCUUCUUCGGCGACUACCUCUUCGGCUUCGACAUCCGCGGGAAGGCUCCUAAGAAUACCAAUGGUGGUGCUCAUUAA